AAGAGCUUGUCGUGUCCACAAAGUUACUGGUUUGGCACAGAGGAUCCAAGUUGUCCGUUCCGCAGGGAGUUGAACAGGAUGGAAUGUGCCGGAAUGUAUUGCUCCCAGGGGAAACGCCGGAGCCCCUUCCCUGUGUCCUCAUUUAUUUAGAAACAGUGCUGACUUGUUUUCAAGUUGUUCUUUAUUAGCAAAUGUUUGGUCAGUAAGUAACAAAUUGAUUCUUUCCCUCCACCCAGCCUAGCAGGGAAAAUAAUUCCUCCUUAAACCCCAGCCCUGGCGACUGGUGUCCAUGUGGCUGGUUUGUGGGUGGUUUGUGCUUUGUGUACCCGCCUAGUCAAUCCCCCCAGGAGCCCCCAGAGCCCAGCUCUGUGCUAUUUAGGGGUUGCUUGGCAUUUCAGUGCAGGUAGAAACCUCAUCACUGCCUUCUACACCAGUCCAUCUUCUAGAUGUGACCAUAGGUGCAGAAAGGUCCAGCACACUUGGCAAGUUCAUGUUCAAGGCAAGGCACAGGCUCCUGCCUGUGGACUAACGCUGGUGCCAGCAUUGCCUCAGGCUUCAGCCUCCAGGCUGGAAUCUGCCACAGCCUGGGUUGUCUGAUGGUGGUCAGUUAAGUCCCCUCAGAUGACCCACCAACUCUGUAACACACAUUGCUGGGGAGUGAAUGAGUGAAGACAGCGUGUCCUCUCUGGGCCUCAUCCUUAAUCUCAGGAUGAUGCUUUCCAGGCACGCUCUUCAAGAAACCUGGGCUGUAUUCAUUGUUCUCAUCUGAGGGCCUGAGUUUGGGAGCAGGACAGACCCCAGGGUUGUGACCACUGACAAUGGAGGGAAGCAGACCGACACGCGUGUCCAGGCCCUACAAGAUCAGCGAGUCCUCAAAGGUGUACCGCUGGGCGGACCACUCGAGCACCGUGCUGCAGCGGCUGAACGAGCAGCGGCUCCGAGGCCUCUUCUGCGACAUCGUCCUGGUGGCCGAUGAGCAGCGGGUGCCGGCCCACCGCAACCUGCUGGCCGUGUGCAGCGACUACUUCAACUCCAUGUUCACGCUGGGCAUGCGGGAGGCCUUCCAGAAGGAGGUGGAGCUGAUCGGCGCCUCCUACAUCGGGCUCAAGGCCGUGGUGGACUUCCUGUACGGUGGGGAGCUGGCCCUGGACGGCGGCAACAUCGACUACGUCCUGGAGACGGCGCACCUGCUGCAGAUCUGGACCGUGGUGGACUUCUGCUGCGAGUACCUGGAGCAGGAGGUGAGCGAGGACAACUACCUGUACCUGCAGGAGCUGGCCUCCAUCUACAGCCUCAAGCGGCUGGACACCUUCAUCGACGGCUUCGUCCUCAGCCACUUCGGCACGCUCUCCUUCACGCCCGACUUCCUGCAGAACAUCUCCCUGCAGAAGCUGUGCGCGUACCUGGGCAGCAGCCGGGUGCAGCGCGAGUGCGAGCACGACCUCCUGCAGGCCGCCCUGCAGUGGCUGACGCAGCAGCCGGAGCGCGAGGCGCACGCCCACCGCGUGCUGGAGAACAUCCACUUCCCCCUCAUCCCCAGGAACGACCUGCUGCACCGCGUCAAGCCGGCCGUGUGCUCGCUGCUGCCCCGCGAGGCCGGCUGCGAGGGCUUCAUCGAGGAGGCGGUGAACUACCACAACAACCUGGCCGCGCAGCCCGUGCUGCAGACCAAGCGCACGGCGCUGCGCACCAACGAGGAGUGCCUGCUGUUCGUGGGCGGCGAGGUCUCGGAGCGGUGUCUGGAGCUCAGCGACGACACCUGCUACCUGGACUCCAGGAGCGAGCAGUGGGUCAAGGAGACGCCGCUGCCCGCCCGGCGGAGCCACCACUGCGUCGCCGUGCUGGGCGGCUUCAUCUUCAUCGCGGGCGGCAGCUUCUCGCGGGACAACGGAGGGGACGCGGCCUCCAACCUCCUUUAUAGGUAUGACCCCCGCUGUAAACAGUGGAUCAAGGUGGCCUCCAUGAACCAGCGCCGUGUGGACUUCUACCUGGCCUCCAUCGAGGACAUGCUGGUGGCCAUCGGUGGCCGAAAUGAGAACGGCGCGCUCUCGUCCGUCGAGGCCUACAGUCCCAAGACCGACUCCUGGUCCUACGUGGCUGGCUUGCCAAGGUUCACCUACGGCCACGCAGGCACCAUCUACAAAGACUUUGUGUACAUCUCCGGGGGCCACGACUACCAGAUCGGCCCGUACCGCAAGAACCUGCUGUGCUACGACCACCGGACGGAUGUGUGGGAGGAGCGGCGGCCGAUGACCACGGCCCGCGGCUGGCACAGCAUGUGCAGCCUGGGCGACAGCGUGUACGCCGUGGGCGGCAGCGACGACCGCCUCGAGUCCAUGGAGCGCUUCGACGUGCUGGCCGUGGAGGCCUACAGCCCGCAGUGCAACCAGUGGACGCGCGUGGCCCCGCUGCUCCAGGCCAACAGCGAGUCGGGCGUGGCCGUGUGGGGGGGCCGCAUCUACAUCCUGGGCGGCUACAGCUGGGAGAGCACGGCCUUCUCCAGGGCCGUACAGGUGUACGACCCCGAGGCCAACCGCUGGACCCGCGGCCCCGACCUGCCCAAGGCCAUCGCCGGCGUGUCCGCCUGCGUCUGCGCCCUCAAGCCGCGGCUGGAGGACAAAAAGAAGAAGGGCAAGGGCAAGCGCCACCAGGACCGCGGCCAGUGACCCCGGCCCGGCCCGGGGCCGCCUGCGCUCCCGUGACCCCCGAGGAACGUUUUGUACUUUGACGACUCUUCUUAUUUCUGUGACACCGCAGUAACCAACUAGGUAGUCCACGUAACUUGCAUUAUCUUGCUUAGGUAACUAAACCUCGGCCCAGGGGAUGCCUGUUAGGCCUUCCUCCUGGGGCCCGGCCCCCGCGGGAUCCCCGGAACCUCUCCCUGGGAGUGCCCAGCUCACGGGAUGGGCAGGGAUUUUUGUAGUGGAACUUGGGGUCUCAAAUGGAUGUUUCAGACCACCUAGCCCGAGCCUUCCCAGCCCUGCUGAGCUUGUUCCUUUUCUUCUUCAUCUUUGGCUGAGCUU